UCCGUCUAAACAAAGGGCAAGGGAGAAAGAAAAAUAAAUACCACACUUUCAUUCCCAAACAGAGACUUAUUUUCUUCAUUGUUUACAAAAAUUGAACAAAUUUGAAAUUUCUGCAAUGUUCACCUGACAUCAAGAAUCAUUUCCAGGCCCACUCAUCAAAACGUCAGAAUCAGAUUCAUGUAAACAAAUCAAUCCAUAAAAUCAUUGGAAUUUAGUCAACAAAAUCGAAUGGCGUCGGCAAAGCCACCAACACUCGCACCACUAUUUCUCGCCCGCCCAGGAGCCACCACUAGAUUUCCCAUAUCUCACGCGAACGUUAGAGGAAAAUGGAUCAAUUCCCACAUCGACAAGAAUGCUAAUCGUCGUUCUAGACUCUCCAUUCUCGCUCAUAAUCGCUCUUAUUCUCUGUGUUCUUCUCUUUCGGUUUGCCCUAGUUCUCUUAUUUCUUGUCCUUCUCUUUGCUCUCUGUUCCAAUCUCGUUUUCCUCAUCUCCGAUCUCCUUUGUCCUCCAUGACCAAUCCUCCACGAGCCAAUUCUGACCCACCUCAGUCUACUUCCUCCACAAAAACGGUGAGGGCCGUGAUCAAGGGGAGGGUGCAAGGAGUGUUCUAUAGGAACUGGACAGUCGAGAAUGCCACCCAGUUGGGGUUGAAAGGUUGGGUUAGGAACAGGAGGGAUGGUUCCGUGGAAGCACUCUUCUCUGGGGAUUCUGAUAAGGUGCAGGAGAUGGAGCAGAGAUGCCGUCGUGGUCCACCUGAUGCUAUAGUUACUGGCUUCCAGAUGUUUCCUUGCGAUGAUGACCCAGGAACUGGGUUCCAGCGCAAACCAACGGUUUGAUCCAUGCAUAUGAAUAUGCUUAAAAAGUGGAUUCCUAUUUUAGUAUGUCAUCUAUCUAGGGUGAUUAUUUGUUCUCACCACCCAGCUCAGGAGAGACCUUGGCCGCCGACCGGCCGUUUGGACUCCGAUCAAUAUUGCCGGUGUCGACUCAACCCCCUCAUUCCACCACUGUGUGCUGUUGCCUGAUCCAGUACACCAUUAAAGGACUUCUGAGGUUUGGCUCUCAGAUCCUAUUUCGGUAUUUGCUUGAUUUGUGAUUUUGGGUUAUUUUGUUGCUGUAAGCACUUUGGAUUAGCGUUUCGGUUAGUUUUCUUUGUCUGAACAAAUGGCAGACAAUAAGAAUGUUAUUUCUGAUGUGAUUUCGCUGAUGACUAAGAUCACGGAACACAAACUUAAUUGUUCGAAUUACCUGGAGUGGAGUAAGACUCUUAGGGUCUAUUUGCGUAGCAUUGAUAAGGAUGAUCACCUUACUAAAGAUCCACCUACUGAUGAUACACGACAAACUUGGCUAAGGGAGGAUGCUUGGUUGUUUUUGCAGUUUCGGAACUCGAUUCACAGUGAGGUAGUUUAAUUAAUCGCUGUGAAUUUGUUAAAGAAUUGAUGGAUUAUUUAGAUUUUCUGUAUUCUGGUAAAGGGAAUAUCUCCUGUAUUUAUAAUGUUUGUAAGGCAUUCUACCGUGCUGAGAAAGAGGAUAAGUCUCUCACGGCUUAUUUUAUGGAUUUUAAACGGGUAUAUGAGGAACUUAAUGUAUUGUUG